AUGCCUAUCUACAGAGCUUUGAUUAAGAGUACUGGAUUGCGAUCUGAUGGGCGUAUUGACGAUCGGUCCUUUUGGAUCAGUUAUGUUUCCCCUCUCCCUACACCUUUGGUGAUCCCAAUGGUGUACCCUCGGAUGAUAUCGCUUCAUGACCUCAAUUCAAAGGAGAUGGAUGGAUCUCUCAUUCCUCCUGCUAUUCCACCUUCAAGUGAACAUGUGAAUGAUGAUGGGAUAUAUCUUCUUGAGAAUGGCGUGGAUUGCUUAAUUUAUAUUGGUAACUCUGUUGAUCCUGAAAUUAUGCGGCAAUUAUUAGGCAUUUUGUCAUUUGAUGAAAUUCCAACUCAGUUUGUAUUGCAGCAAUAUGACAAUCCGUUGUCGAAGAAGUUAAAUGAUGUCAUAAAUGAGAUACGGCGACAAAGAUGUUGCUACCUCCGCUUAAAGUUGUGCAAGAAAGGAGAUCCAUCAGGCUUGUUGUUCCUCUCAUAUAUGAUAGAAGACAAGUCUCCUAGUGGCCUCUCGUACGUUGAGUUUUUAGUGCAUAUCCACCGGCAGAUUCAAACCAAAAUGUCUUGAUUCUUCGUCGUCGUUUCCUUGGGGUUUUAGUUGCAAGUUCUGAUAACUUUUACAUGGGGGCACUUACGAGGAUCAAGUCGUAAGAAGAAAUAUUAGACUUGUUCACCUAUAUGUGUGAGGCCCCAUCCAUUAUUAUUGUUCUGAUGGAAAGUGGGUGAAAUAGUUUUGUGAUAGGGGGAUUAUUGGAGCUUUAUAUUGAGAGAUGUAAAUGGAGCGGAUCAACAAAAAAACAUGUUUUUUCUCCUUUUUAGGCACAAGUUGAUGUACACGUGCGUUAUACGUGGAGCAAUUGAGUUAUAAUUUUGAUUUGUUUUGUUUUUUUCUUUUUCGCUUUUUAUGUACAUGAAGGACACAUAACAUAAUAAUCAUGCUACAUUGGCAAAGAU